AUGAAGGAAGAGAGAUCUGGACUGAGGGGGUUCCUGCAGGUGUCAAGCAAGAAAGAAAGCACCUGCAAAGAGGCUUUCCAUCGAGGACCAUGGCGAGGCUGGGGAUACGAUGAGCACUACGGUCCUAUUCACUGGAAUGAAUUGUUCCCUAUUGCCGAUGGUGAUCAGCAGUCUCCAAUUGAGAUUAAAACCAAAGAAGUGAAAUACGACUCCUCACUCCGACCUCUCAGUAUCAAGUAUGAUCCUGCCUCGGCUAAAAUCAUCAGCAAUAGUGGCCAUUCCUUCAACGUUGACCUUGACGACACAGAGGACAAAUCAGUUCUGCAUGGAGGGCCUCUCACUGGAAGCUACAGGUUGCGGCAGUUCCAUCUGCACUGGGGGUCAGCAGACGACCAUGGCUCUGAGCAUGUGGUGGAUGGAGUGAGGUAUGCUGCAGAGCUGCAUGUUGUCCGCUGGAAUUCAGACAAAUACCCCAGCUUUGUAGAGGCAGCUCAUGAGUCCGAUGAGCUAGCUGUCCUGGGAGCAUUUCUACAGAUUGGGGAACACAAUCCUCAACUGCAAAAGAUCACGGACAUUUUGGAUUCCAUUAAGGAAAAGGGUAAACAAACACGGUUCACAAAUUUUGACCCCUUAUGUUUGCUUCCAUCAUCCUGGGACUACUGGACAUACCCUGGUUCUCUGACGGUUCCACCUCUUCUUGAGAGUGUCACGUGGAUUGUUUUAAAACAACCUAUAAGUAUCAGCUCUCAACAGUUGGCCAGAUUCCGAAGCCUCUUGUGCACAGCUGAGGGCGAGAGUGAGGCUUUCCUGUUAAGCAAUCACCGUCCGCCACAGCCCCUGAAGGGCCGCAGAGUGAGAGCGUCUUUCUAUUAGCACCAACCAGUGGAUCAGCACAACCAGAACACGAAGGGAGCAAACACAAUGGAGCUGAGACAUUCCUAUUUAUGGCUUUUUGAGAAUUUCACGUUUGUGGGUUCCACUUGCCCAGCAGCUUUGGCACCACAGAGAAAACCGGAGGUCUGAAAUAACUUAGCUCAUCACUCCUAGAUUUGCCCUAAUGGAUGUACAAUUGCUAAAUAUUGGAUGUAUGUUAAAGUCACGAAGUACACUGUUUCAGCCUUCCUGACAAUA